GACUGCCCCGAAAGUGCCAGCUGCGUUGCUGCCGGUCCCUUUCCUGCUGGUCCUCACGGCGCCCCCAGCGCCGAGAUGACUUCGUCCGCUCGUCCCUCUCGGCUCGUGUGCGGCUGAGCACAAAGGUGCUCCAGCGUCGACGGGCCGUGGGCCGUCUCCUCGACGCGAGACCUGCUCGUCUCUUUGGUGGCGAUGGCGACCGGGGGCCAAGUGCUGCGUGGGCGGUGUUCCCGGCAAGCCGGAAGGGGCUGGCUGGCUGCAUAGAGUUUGGCGAUGGGAUGAGGAAAGGAGCAUGGCCAUCCGGGGUGCUUGGAACGGUCCUGACGACCGUCUAUAUAACUUGACGUUCCCAGCAUCCACCAGGCUAUUCUGAUCUCGCAACCCCCAUCGUCCAUCACGCAAACACUCCACCAUGUAUGCCAAGUUCGCGACCCUCGCCGCCCUCGUGGCAACCGCCUCUGCUCAGUCCGUCUGCUCCCUGACGGCUGAGUCGCACCCUUCCAUUCGGUGGUCCAAGUGCACGUCUGGCGGCAGCUGCACCAACGUCCAGGGUUCCAUCACCAUCGACUCCAACUGGCGGUGGACUCACCGGACCUCGGCGGCGACCAACUGCUAUGAUGGCAACACCUGGGAUACUUCGUACUGCAGCGAUGGUCCUGAUUGCGCCUCCAAGUGCUGCAUUGACGGUGCCGAGUACUCCAACACCUACGGCAUUACCACCAGCGGUGACUCUCUGAACCUGAAGUUCGUCACCAAGGGCCAGCACUCCACCAACGUUGGCUCCCGUACCUACCUGAUGGAGAACGAGACCAAGUACCAAAUGUUCGAGCUCCUCGGCAACGAGUUCACCUUCGACGUCGACGUCUCCAACAUCGGCUGCGGCCUGAACGGCGCCCUGUACUUCGUGUCCAUGGACGCCGAUGGCGGUCUUUCCAAGUACUCGGGCAACAAGGCUGGUGCCAAGUACGGCACCGGCUACUGCGAUGCCCAGUGCCCCCGUGACCUCAAGUUCAUCAACGGCGAGGCCAACGUGGAGGGCUGGUCCGGCUCGACCAACGACCCCAACGCCGGCGCUGGCAAGUACGGCAGCUGCUGCUCUGAGAUGGACAUCUGGGAGGCCAACAACAUGGCCACUGCCUUUACCCCCCACCCUUGCACUGAGAUCGGCCAGUCGCGCUGCGAGGGAGAGAGCUGCGGUGGCACCUACAGCACCGACCGCUACGCCGGUGUGUGCGACCCCGACGGAUGCGACUUCAACGCCUACCGCCAGGGCAACAAGACCUUCUACGGUAAGGGCAUGACCGUCGACACCACCAAGAAGGUGACGGUCGUCACCCAGUUCUACAAGAACUCAGCGGGCGAGCUCUCGGAGAUCAAGCGUUUCUACGCACAGAACGGUGUCGUCAUCCCCAACUCGGAGUCCACCAUCGCCGGCAACCCUGGCAACUCCAUCACCCAGGACUGGUGCGACGCCCAGAAGAUCGCCUUCGGCGACGUGGGUGACUUCAACGCCAAGGGCGGCAUGGUCCAGAUGGGCAAGGCCCUCGAGGGCCCCAUGGUGCUCGUCAUGUCCAUCUGGGACGACCACGCCGUCAACAUGCUCUGGCUCGACUCGACCUGGCCCAUUGACGGCGCCGGCAAGCCGGGUGCGGAGCGCGGUGCCUGCGCCACCACCUCGGGUGUCCCCGCCGAGGUCGAGGCUCAGGUCCCCAACUCCAACGUCAUGUUCUCCAACAUCAAGUUCGGCCCCAUCGGCUCCACCGUUGCCGGCCUCCCCGGCGGUGGCGGCAGCCCCGACCCCGGCAACGGCGGCUCCAGCACCAGCGCCAGUGUCCCCUCGGCCACCUCGUCGACCCCUACCGGCCCUACUGGCGGCGCGACGUCCCCCCACUACGGACAGUGCGGUGGUAACGGCUACACCGGCCCUACUCAGUGCGCUGCCCCGUACACCUGCAAGAGGCAGAACGAGUGGUACUCCCAGUGCCUCUAAACGACUCGCAUUCCGCCCGUGAUGAUGACCCGGGGGCCCGGAAGGCGCCUGAUGAAGAUGAAGGGGGACUAAUGAACGCGCCGUGUGUAUCGGCAUCCUUCAGCUGUACAUAGUUUGUUCCUGCUGCAUCGUGGAGCUUUUCU